AUGGAUAAAUUUAAAGAUAAAUUAAAAGUUCAAUCACCAUCAUCCAAUAAAGAAGAUAUAAAGAUUAGUUAUGUUGUAAAGAUAGUUAAAGUUACAGGAUUACCAAAAUCCAGUUAUUCACCAUUACUUGUUUCAUGGAAAAGAGGAAGUAAAAAAGAAAAUUCAGGUGAAGUUAAAACCAUACCAAGAGAUGGUGAAGGUGUAGUAGAUCAUACCAUCAAUUUAAAUGCAACCAUUACUAAAACACCAAAAGGAUUCUUAGAGAAAUCUAUACAAUUUACUGUAAAAGAGGAGAAAUUAGGUAAAAAACCAGUUUCAUUAGGUUCAGUUAGUGUAAAUUUAGCACAAUAUGCUGAAAGUAAAACUGAAAAAACUCAUCCUUUCCCAAUUCAAGAUAAAUCAAAAGUUGUUUGUAAUUUAUAUUUAUCAAUUCAAUCAUCAUGGUUAAAAGUUAAUGGUAAAUCAAUGGUAAAAGCAGAAGGUAAUCAAAAAGAAAUACUUCAAGAAUUAGGUAAACAAAAGAUUUCACAUGAAGGUACUGAUUAUUUCCUUCAAACUGAACAAGAUAUGAGUGAACCUGAUCAAACUGAUUUUGGUCAUGAUUCUGAUAAUGAAGAUGAAGAUCAUGUUGAUUUUGAUGAUGAUUCAAAUGAUAAAUCAAAUGUAUCGACAUUAUCAAGAAAGAGCAGUUCAGGAUCAGUUGAAAAAGGUGAAUCAUCAUCAUCAUCAUCGACAACAAUAGCAAAUGGACAUAAUCGUACAAAUAGUUCAAAUAGUGUUGGUUCAAAUACUACAACAACGACUACAACAACAUCAAAUUAUGUUCCACCAGCAUUAAUUAAAGAGGAGUCAGAAGAAAAAGAUUUAAAUGCAAUGACAGCAGAUUUAAAGAUAAAGAAAUAUAAGAAACAAUUGAAAACAUUGAAAUCGGAAUUAGAGAAAUCAAAGAGCCAAUUCUCAACACUUUCAAAAGAUCGUGAUGAAAAAGUUGAAGAGAUUAAAAGAAUGAUUGAUGAUAUGGAGAAUAUUAAAGAUCGUUCUAAAUCCGUUGGAAAUGGUGUGAUCGCCGAUUACAAUAACCAAAUCGAGCAAUUGAAUAGCAAAUUGACCGCAGGCAAUAAGGAUAUUGAGAAUUUGAAAAUUCAAUUACAACGUGAACGUAACCAAUCCUCUCAAGAUUCUAACCAAGUGACAGUAUUACAAAAUCAAUUAUUAACAAUCAAUUCACAAUUGGACACUAUUCGUAACGAGAAUACCACAUUGAAUAACCAAAUCCGUCAAUUGGAGACCCAAUUGAGAGAGUCGUCCUCAAACAAGCCUGAGGAACUUCAAAAUGCUUUAGCAACCGUUCAGAAUUUACAUUUGGAAUUGAAUCAAUUACGUAGCCAAUUGGCAACAACUACCGAAGAGAAUAGAAGUCAAUUCAUUCAAUUGGAACAAGAAAGAUUGAAAUCAAAUUCAACCGAAUCAAAUGUUAAUCGUGUUGAACAAGAAAAACUUAACCUACAACAACGUUUAGAACAUUAUGAACGUACAAUUCAUUUACAAUUGGAAGACUUUGAAAAAGAAAAAUUAAAAAUCUCUGCUGAACUUGGUGAUUUAAAAACUAAACUUUUAAAUUAUGAAAAAUUAGAAUCUGAAUUAAAUGAAUUAAAAUCAAAACAACCAACCAUACCUGAAAACAACAACGAUAACGAUAAAGAAUUAAUUGAAGCACGUGAUGAAAUUUUACAAUUAAAAGAGAAAUUAAAUGAAAAAGAAGAUUCAAUUAAAUCAACAAAUGAUCAAUUAAUUGAAAUUAAAGAUAAAUUAAUAAUUAAAGAAACUGCUUUAAUUGAAUUACAAGAUCAAUUUGAACAAUUGAAAAAACAAGAUAACAAAGAAUUGCUUGAAGCACGUGAUCAAAUAGUUGAAUUAAAGGAUAGAUUAACUCAGAAAGAAGAAUCAUUUAAAGAGACUGAAAAUAAAUUAGAGGAUAGAGCAAUUGAAAUUUCUGAAUUGAGAGAUAAAUUAGCAGAAAAGGAAUCAAUAUUAACAGAUAGGGAAGAACAAUUGGACCAAUUGAAACAAUCAAUUGAAAAUCAAUCUUCAACAACACCAAUCAUAUCGGAUCAACAAGAAUUGCUUGAAGCACGUGAUGAAAUCGUUCAAUUAAAAGAUAAAUUAACUGCAAAAGAAGAUUCAAUUAAAGAUAUUGAUAAUCAAUUAAUUGAAUUAAAAGAUAGAUUAACUGCAAAAGAAUUAUUAUUUAAAGAGACUGAAGAUCAACUUUAUGAAAAAUCAAAUGAAAUUUCAAUACUUCAAGAUAAGAUUUCAAAUUUAGAAGAAUCAAAUAAUAAUAAUAAUAGUAAUAAUAGUAAUAGUAGUAUUAAUGAACUUCAAUUGAAAUUAAAAGAAUUUGAAUUAAAUACUUUAGAUAAAAAUCAAAGUUAUGAAGAGAGAAUUGAAAAAUUAGAAUUACAAUUAAAAGAGAAACAAUUGGAAGUUCAAUCAUUACAACUUGAAAUUCAUAAUAAUGUAAAAGAAGGUGAUUCAAAUGAUAGAUUAUUGAAAUUGGAAGAACAAUAUAAAGAAUUACAAGAAAAGUUUGAUAAAGUUAAAAAUAAGAAAAAUACAUUAAAAGUAUUAUGUUCAAAUUAUAAAUUAAAUAUUGAACAAUUAGAACAAAAACAAUCAACUUUAGAAUCUUCUGCAAUUGCAAAUCAAGAUGGUUUAUCCGAUGAAAUCGAUCAAUUGAAAUCAAAAUUAAUUCAUCAAACCAAUGAAAAUGAAAUCAUCCAAGAUGAAAAUAAUCAAUUAAAAUUACAACUCACUUCAUAUCAAGAUGAUUCAAUUUCAAAACAAAAUAUUAUUAAAGAUUAUCAAGAAAUAAUUUCAAAAUUAGAACAAGAAAAAGAAGAUUUAAUUGAAAAUAAUAAAAAUAAUAAAAAGAAUAGUGACAAUAGUGAUGGCCAUGAUGAUAGUGGUGAUGACGAUGAUCGUUCAGCAGAAAUUGAAGAAUUUAAAGAAAAAAUUCAAUAUCAAAAAGAAAAAAUUAAAGCAUUAAAAGAAGAUUUAGAAUCAAAAUCUGAUGAAUGGAUUGAUAUAAAGAUAAAGAUGGAAGAAAUUAUUGGUGGUAAACAAGAUGAAAUUGAAAAAUUACAACAACAAUUACAACAAAAAGAAUCAUUAUCAUCUUUAGCUUUACCAGUUUCAAAAGAUGAUAAUAAUCAAUCAAAUCAAAUUUUAGAAGAAGAGAUUGAUCAAUUAAAAAGUCAAAUUAAACAAUUACAACAAGAGAAUCUUGCAAUUUCAUCAGAGAAACAAUUUAAAGUUCAACAUCUUCAACAAGAAUUAGAACAAUUAAGACAAGUUAAUAGUGCAAGUGCUUCACCAAGAUCAUCUAUUGGUGGUGGUGGUAGUGGUAUUGAUAAUCUUGAUGAUUUAAGAAAAGAAAUGGAAGAAAAUAAGAAUAUUGAAACAUCAAUUUAUUGGUCAGAAUUGGAUUUUGAUAGAAAUAAUAUACCAUUUUGUGGUACAAAUGUUUGGGCAAUCAUUGAUGGUAUUGGUGGUUUAGGUAAAUCUCAAAAUAUUAGAUUAUUGAAUAAGAUUGUUAUCUCUUUAGAGAAAUCAUUCUUACGUUCUGGUAAUGAUUGUAAAUUCAUUGCCUAUUGGUUUAGUACUUGUUGUUAUUUACUCUCAAAAUGUCAUCAAGCUGGAUACACUCAAGAAUCUGCAAAUCCAAUGAAAUCAGGUAUUGAAAUCAAUGUUAAUUCAUUUGUAACACCUGCACCUGAAAUAGGUGGUUCUUUCAUUAGAGAUCUUCAAGCAUUGAAUCUUUCAAUCUAUAGUAAACUAUUGUCAGUCACAGAGAUUAAAUUGGAGAGAGUGUUAAUUCCAUCGGUUUACCUACCAGACUCCAUCAUUUUGGAAGCUCAAAAAAGUCCAAUCAAAAGUUCAUCAUCAUCUUCCUCAACCUCUCCAUUAGGUAGAACUUCAGGUUCUUUACCAUUUAAUAAUACUGGCGCUAAUUCUAUCAAUAAUCUACUCUACAUUCUUGAUGGUAUCAUUCAAUUUUUGAAAGAGGGUAGAAUAUUCGAUAGUGUUUCAAAUCAAUUCCUUAAUCAAAUCUUUUACUUUAUGAAUGCUCAAAUCACUAAUCAUCUAUUAAAUAAUCCAAAAGUUUGUACUACCACUCAAGGUUUAGAGGUUAAAAUGGGUGUCUCUCGUCUAAAGGAAUGGUGUUCUGCAACCCCCUACAAAUCUGCCUCUCAACAAUUGGAUUCCUCCUUGGAGGCUUCAAAUCUUUUAGUCAUUGACAAAAAUGUUUUCGUUGAUAUUGAAGCUAUAAAAUCAAUCUUCCAAAAAUUAAAUCUUCAUCAAAUUAAACAAUUACUUCAAUCUUUCACUCCUGAUAGUUUAUCACCUGAUACUAUACCAACUGUAUUACGAAAAGCACUCGAUUCUAAUUGGAGACAAUCAAUCGAUAUUAAUUCUUUACCACUUUUAAUUGACCAAUCUAAAAAAUUUAAAAUUUAA